GUCGCCAUGGCUCAGGAGACUGAAAACUUCGACCCCAUCGGAACCAUCUUAGUCCAGGUCCAUGAAGACCUUUAUCAGUUAAGGGAGAAAUUAACAAAAUUCCCACUUGAGCAAAGAGGAGAGACUCUAGAUAUUCGGAAUCUUGAAACAGCAAUCAAAAGGACUGAGACGGGGUUAAGAAUUCACAUUGAGGAGUAUUUAAAUGUUGUAAACCAUCGUGUGUUAACGACUCCUGUUAAUAAUGAUGAGUUAUAUUAUCCCCACACUUCCAGAUGGUUGCUUCCAGCUAUAAUUGAUCAGAAAUCAUUUAUUUUACCUUCAGAAUCUGAGGGUAAACUUUGGCAACCCCAAAGACAGCAGAGCACAUUUCCACAUGUCUUUCCAAAAAUAAAGCCAAAGAUAGGGUUGAAUGUAAAAAUCAUGCAGGAUCCUGAAAACAUCCACCACAGAGCUGCUCUAAAUGCGAACUAUGGAAUCAGUUUGCCAUAUAAUAAUCAGAGAAAAGCAUGUAAGAGGCUUGUAGACAUGGGAAGACAAGAAGAAAUCUCUGAUAUGUUUGUACCAAUUGACAUUUAGUUCCAGUUAGACAUUCCAAUGCAACACAUUAAAAGAUACACAGAAAAUUUGACUUUGAUUUAUUUUUUUUACAUAAAGAUGGUUUCUUAAAAAGCUUGAAACAUGGAUCUGUUAACAUGAAUUUUAAAAGAACGAUUAUGAAUGCAUAACAAAAUAGCCAAACAAAACAUUGCUUUGAAUUGCUGCACAAAUAACUCUGAUUAUAACUGUUAUGACCUAGAAAAGAAUCAUAAAAACAUUUUUCUUUUUGGCAAGAUAUGAGUUGCUGUAGAAUUAUACUAGUUCUUUGGUUCCACUUUCCAAAUAAAUAAAUAUAUAAUGCAAUGUAAA